AUGGGUUCUGCGUUCGAUCCCCUUGUCACGACCUCCGAGGAGCCUGCCGUCGUCAACUCGCCGCCUCCCUCCAACCUCACUCAAGACGACCUUAAGAAAAUCGCCGCUUAUAAGGCCGUCGAGUUCGUCGAAUCCGGAAUGGUCGUCGGCCUCGGCACUGGCUCCACCGCUAAACACGCCGUGGAUCGUAUCAGCGAGCUUCUCCUACAAGGUAAACUCCGGGAUAUAAUCGGGAUCCCAACUUCAACCACCACGCACGAGCAGGCGGUUUCUCUCGGGAUACCGUUGUCCGAUCUAGAUUCCCACCCGAUCGUGGAUCUAUCGAUCGACGGCGCCGACGAAGUCGAUCCCGCUCUCAAUCUGGUGAAAGGACGCGGCGGAUCGCUAUUGAGGGAGAAGAUGGUGGAAGGAGCAUCUAAAAAGUUCGUUGUGAUAGUCGACGAAUCGAAGCUCGUGAAGCAUAUUGGGGGAAGCGGCCUCGCCGUUCCCGUCGAGGUCGUGCCGUUCUGCUGCAACUUCACGAGGGGGAAACUGCAAGAGCUUUUCCGAGAAGCGGGAUGCAAGGCGAAGCUUAGGGUGAAGAUCGGGUCUAGCGGCGGCGAGACGGCGGCUGUGACGGACAACGGGAAUUACGUGGUGGAUCUCUACCUGGAGAGGGACAUCGGAGAUUUAGAGGCCGCGAGCGAGGCCAUACUGAGGUUGCCCGGAGUAGUGGAACACGGGAUGUUCCUGGGGAUAGCGACAACCUUGAUCGUCGCCGGAAAAUUCGGCGUAACCGUUAAGAAUAGGUUUGGCUAA